ACUUUAGGUUUAAAAACUUUCCACCGAAUUGUGGUAUACAGAAUACAGUAUAUGCGAUUUAUUAUUAUUAUUAGUAGUAGUUUUUCUUCUUUUCGGAAAAAAUAAGAUCACUCCUGAAAGGCAAGUGAGAAAUGUCAGCCUCGAGCUGAGAAGCCCAAUGAACAUCGUCUUCCUGUUCUCUGAGAUGAACCCACAUUAAUACACCAUGGCUUCUUACUUACGGCUUCGUUGAGCCACUCUAAACCUGUUCUUUUCAAUAUGAUGGAUCCUAUGUUGUCUGGUAGAGAUGGAAGCAGAUACCCAGUGUCUGUAUGGAGGUUCCACCAGAUGGCACUCUAGACAGUUUUUCUUCCUUUUAAGGGGAAGGAGGAAGGAGGGGCAUGGCCAAACCUUUCUACCGUCUUCAGAGAUUUCUCAGACGGACCCAGUUCUUCUUUCUGUUUCUGGCGGCAGCGUACCUCAUGGCUGGGAGCUUGCUACUACUGCAGAGGGCAGGCUUUGUCAUUCAGGUGGGGUCACGAGGCCCUGUCCAGUUUAUGACUGCCCCAUCACCUGCCCCCAUUACUCGAAGUACAAUGAUGGAUUCUUCGAAGUUGGCAAAUCCCUGGAGACUGAGUUCCCAAGAACCUGGGGAUGGCAUGGGACCUAGGCAGAAUCCAAACAAUGGACCUCGCUGGCUGAUGUCUCGCAAUUUAGAAAUUAGACAUCUCAGGCGACGUUGGUUUCACAGCCUUAUGACUGAGCAAGAGCCUAGAGCUGAACAAGGAACAGCCAAAAGAAAAAUCAAGCAUAAGGGCACAUAUGUCGGCUGUUUCAUGGACGAUGCUAAGUCAAGAGCUUUGAAAGGGACAGUGUUUUAUGAUUUCCGGAAAAUGACCAGUUCUAUGUGCCGGGACACAUGUUCAGAAAGUGGUUACCUGUUUGCAGGCCUGGAGUACGGUGCAGAGUGUUACUGCGGCAAUCGGAUCACAGCAACCAGGAUGCGUGAGGAAGACUGCAACUUGGACUGCAAAGGCGAGAAGGGCACCAUUUGUGGUGGCGUUGGCCGACUUUCCAUCUACAAAGUGGAGAACUUACACCCCGGCUCCAGGAAAUACAGGAAUGUGCAUUAUCGUGGAUGCUACCAGAAGCCCAAGAAUGUGAGUGCUGCUUUUUCAAUGUGUUGCAGUCAUGCCAACCUAACAUCUGAAUCCUGUGUUGAGCUCUGCGCUGACAAGGAAUUUCCUCUAGCCAUCACUCAGAGGUCUGAAUGCUGCUGUGGUUAUUCCAGCAUUGACUUCCCUCUCCAGCAGAAAUUUGAUGACCAAUACUGUGGAAGAGCAGCAAACCAGAGUGACCGGGGUGGUUUUCCAGAAGACAAUGAUCAUGUUUUAGCAUUUCAGACUCCUGUGCAAGACACUAGGUGUACCGACAGGAAGUUCAAACCAGAGAAGUCAAAUGCGCUGGUGGCUCUAUCCAGCUUCCCCGGAGCUGGCAACACAUGGGUGCGCCAUCUCAUCGAACUGGCAACGGGAUUCUACACUGGCAGCUACUAUUUUGAUGGCACUCUGUACAACAAAGGGUUUAAAGGAGAGAAGGAUUACUGGAAGAGCGGCCGAACCAUCUGUGUGAAGACUCAUGAGAGUGGAAAGAGGGAGAUUGAGAUGUAUGACGCUGCUAUUCUGCUCAUCCGGAACCCUUACCGUUCUCUGGUCGCUGAGUUUAACCGCAAGUGUGCUGGCCACCUGGGCCAUGCUUCUGAACAGCACUGGAAGAGCAAAGAAUGGCCUGACUUUGUUGCCAGCUAUGCCCCAUGGUGGGCCUCACAUGUGUUGGACUGGCUGAAAUUUGGGAGGCGCCUCCUGGUGGUCCACUAUGAAGAACUGCAACAGGCAUUGUUCCCCCAGUUGCGGCUCAUCACGAACUUCCUGAACGCCAGUGUCUCUGAUGAGCGACUGCUGUGUGUGGAGAGUAACCAGGAUGGCCAUUUCAAGCGCUCUGGUGUGAGGCAGAGAGGCUUUGAUCCAUUCACCGUAGAGAUGAAGAUGCAGAUCGAUGGCUACAUCACCAUUGUGGAUGCAGCUCUCCGAACUCACAAUUUUUCUGGCUUACCACAGGAGUAUGUACCCAGAUGACAGGCAGGACAGCACUGACACAAUGGUGUCCGCCUAGUCCCCAAAUUCUGCGCUCGAUUGUCAUUCCUUGGCUGACUCUGCACUGGGGUGCCGAAACAUUUUUAGAUUCUUCUGGACUUUUUGCACUUGUGUGGAGAGCUAAAGUUUUUUUUAUAUUUUGGCUGUCUGAUUAAAAAAAAUCUACUUAC